CUACUGUUGUUUGUUGUUGUCAUGGACACCUGCAGCCCUUGACGAGCGCCUAGGUUCCGCGCAAGCGCAGACUCCGCACAGCGGAGGAUUGUGGGAUAGAAAGCUAUCGCCAGGGCAACAGCUGAGUUUAGCGAGCGGAAAUCUGCUGCUAGCAGAACAGCAACCUCGAUUAAUUAUUAAAGAAACAUCUUUUACACCAAAUACAGUUUUAGUUUGUUGCCAUGAACGAAUCUGUAGCCAAAAAGACCCAGGAGACUCUGGGAAAAGUGAUCAAAAAGCCUCCUCUGACAGAAAAGCUGCUCAGCAAACCGCCGUUUCGAUACCUGCACGACAUCUUCAGUGAGGUAAUACGUACCACAGGCUUUAUGAAAGGACUUUAUGUAGAAGCAGAGAUGAAGUCAGAUAAUGUGAAGGACAAAGACUCAAAAAUAGCGUUCCUUCAGAAGGCCAUCGAUGUGGUGAUGCUGGUUAGUGGAGAGCCCUUGGCUGCUAAACCCGCUCGAAUCGUAGCCGGACACGAACCAGAGAAGACCAACGAGCUGCUGCAGGUCAUUGCUAAGUGCUGUCUCAACAAGCUCUCCAGUGACGAGGCUGUUAGACGGGUGUUAGCAGGAGACAAGGUGGAUCAGAAGGGGAAGCCCAGCACCUCCAGGUCCCAGGACAAGGAGAACAGAGAGGGCAGGGAGCGCCACCGAGACCGUGAGGAGAGGAAGGGCAUCAAGGAGAGCAGCGGAAGCCGAGAGCAGAAAGAUCCAGAUCAACCGAAAGAUCAAGAGAGCAAGAGGGACGACAAGGACCGCCGGCGAGAUUCUGAGAGGCCAGACAAGGGACGCGAAAGAGACCGGACAAAAGACAGAGACAGAGACAAGGACAAGGACAAGAGCCGGGAUCGGGAGAAAGACAAGACCAGAGAGAAGGAACGGGAGAAGGAGAAGGAAAAGGAAAAGGACCGCAUCAGGGACAAGGAGAGAGAACGAGAUAAAGAGAGGGAUAAGAAAAGGGAACGGGAGUCUCACAAAGACAGAGAACGAGACAAGGAGAGAGAUCGCGAGCGCGAGAAAAGACGGGAGAGAGAAAAAGAAAAAGAACGACACAGAGAGACUGACGAGAAGCUGAAGGACAGAGGCGAUAGAAAGAUCAAAGCAGCAGAGGAGAUCAGCAAGCCAAAGCCUCACCCAAUAGUUGCGAGUAUAACACAUGAAGCUGAAGCAGACGAGGUUGAGAGUCCUUCCCGGAUCCCAAGGCCCUCAUCGGCUAAAGGACAGCGUCGGUGGCCCAAAACAGGAGGUCAAGAUGAGACUGACAGUGAAGGAGAAGGGGAAGCCCCUUUAGCAGAGAAACCAGUCCCCAUUGAGAAUGGAGACAUAACGGAUUCUGUGCCACCUCAAACAACACACAGACGGUUACCGCGGCCUAGCAGCGCACGACCGGCAGCCCCCCGCAUCAAACGACAGGAGAGCUACACUGAUCAUGUGACCCCAGCAGAGAGGCUGGGCAGUGGCAAGACCCCUGCGACUGUCAUUUUGGAUGGCAAGAAGCUCUCUGAAGAUGAGGAUGAUGAAGAUGGGCAGUUUGUGGUGGAGGAGGCAGCUGCGCCUCCUCCUGACAUACCUGAAAUUGAGCGCAAUUCACUUCAACUGCAAGGGGACGACAAACACGGUGGACUUGUGAAAAAAAUCCUCGAGACAAAGAAAGACUAUGAAUCAUCUCCAUCCACAAAGUCAAAAGAACAGGAUCGGUCAUUGGUGUCGGAGUCGUCUCGUAAGAAGGAACGUGAAUUGGUGGCGAAGGAGAUCGAGAGACUGCGUUCGUCCAUACAGACGGUGUGUCGCAGUGCUCUGCCACUGGGCAAGAUCAUGGACUACAUUCAGGAGGAUAUGGACUCCAUGCAGAACGAACUGCAGACCUGGCGCAAAGAGAACAAGGAGAACGCACAGGCUCUGCUACAGGAACAAAGAAUCACAGACAGCGUUGUGGAACCUUUGAAGACUGAGCUAAAUGAACUGGAGCAGUUAAUCAAAGACCAGCAGGACAAGAUCUGCGCAGUCAAGUCCAACAUCCUGAAGAACGAGGAGAAGAUCCAGAAGAUGGUAUCCAGCAUUAGCGUCUCCUCACAAACGUGAAUAUCAGCACAUCCCAAAAGAAACCUGAAGCACUGAGGAGCAGGGAGAGCUCCUGUUGUCUUUGAGCCGCACUGGAAAGAGUUCAGAAGGUGCAGGUGCAGUCAGGAGUCACUCUCCUCAAACCCCCUGUAAGGUGCCUUCUGUUAGACCCAGGAUCUGUUUGCGCUGGUCCAUUGGGAUUCUCAAACACACUCACACGUCUGCAGUAGAUUUGCACUCGUCACUUGCUUGAAAGAUAAAUGUGUGUGUGGUCACCAUACUGAUGUGUCCUGUAUUUUUUAAAUAGGACUUUAAUUGCUUUCCAUGUUAGAAAACAGACUGACUGGUUUAUUUUAUUUUAUUUUUAUUUAGCUUUUUUCCAUUCAGACUGACAGGUGUUUUUGUCUCACAGGAGAACAUUGGCAAUAUAUCACAGUGUUUCCCAUACAUUGAUUUAUUUGUGGCAGCCCGCCACAAUAUCAAAACUGACCGCCACAAAUAGAUUUUUUCAGAAUGUUUUGACUUGUUGAAUAAACAUGAGCACUGCACAUUUCAAAAUCGAACCCCGGUGCAGGUGUUUUUAUAUCACUGUAUUUCUGCAGGAAACCGACUGUCUUCAGAAAAUUUUGGUUGACAUUUUCAUUUCAUCUUGCAUGUAAUGCCUGAUAAAGCAGCGUUUGUGAGCGGAGCGCUGCUUUGUGUACAGCGUUACCAGGAAACCGCUAUUUCUCCGCGCUCUAAAAGCACCUCUCGCUGGCAGAGAAUGAAUUUGCAUAUAUGCCGCCACAAAUAGAGUCCAAGUCUGUGGGAAACACUGUAUCAUAUAUGUAUAGAUAAUUAUUUAUAUAUGUAUAAGUGUGCAUAGAAACUAUGGAAGCUUGUUUCUGCCAUUUUUUUUAUUUAUUUCUGGGAUUAAAUCAUAAAAUAGGUAAUUACAACUUUUUAUCUCACAGUUUGAAAUUCUGAGAAGGAAAGGUAGAAUGUGAGAUAACUUGCAAUCGCAAGAAAAAGUCAGAAUUGUGAGAAAGUUAAGGUUUUUUUUUUUAUUUGGCUCAAAAAAAAAAAAAACAGUCGCAAGAUUUAGAAUUCAGAUUUAAAAAAAAAAGAGACUCGGAAAAGUGAGAAAGUAAGUCAGAAUUCUGAGUUUAUAUCUCGCAACUCUCAAAAUUGUGAGAUAAAAAGUCACUUUUUAAAUUUAUUUAUGCUGUGGCUGAAACAAGCUUUCAGUGAAAUAUGACAUAUAUAUGUAUAGAUAUAUUUUAAUGUAACUUUCUAAAGCUGCUAGUAAGCAAUAGAAUUUUACAGAUGAGCAUUAUAAUUGCCAAAAAUUGGAGACACACUACACGUGCACCUCUGCACUUUGAUGAAUGAAAAUAUAAUACAGCACAUCAUUUACCUGUACACAUCCAAAACCUCUCAGUUAGCUUAAUAUAUGUUCAAAGAAACGAGAUGAGAUUGCAUAAAUGUCUUUUAAGUCAAUUUAUCAUAUAAAUCAAGAAAUGUACCUUGAUCAACUGUGUGUGUGUUUCAAAUUCAUAUCAAUAAUGAGAAACUUUUUUGGAAGUCUGUUGAGAGCGUUUUCUACUGCAAACUGAGAUCCAUGAAGCAAUUAUUACAUUGAAAAUGUCUAUUUUGAUAAGGUUAUGACAGGAAAAACUGUGUUAGAUGAAGCAAUAGUUGAAUCCGCUGGUCAAGCACAACGUUUAGAAAAUCUUCAGCAUGUAUAUAUCCAGUCACACUUUAUGGAUACUGUGGUACUGUACCAGUGUCUAGAUUAAUUUUACAUCUAAACCACACAGCGUGAAUGUCAGUAGAAUCAGACUUCAAUAGACAGAUUAUAUACUACAUCAGUAUUAUCAGCUGUGCAUCAUGACACAAAAUACACUUUGCUAUUGAAGUAAAAUCAACAUGUCGAUAAAAUAUAUUUGCGUUUCCAUUUACUUUGUAAAAGAGCCGACCAUUUACACUGUAUACGAUUUUUACCAUUUGCUGUACAUUUUGUGUAUAUGUUGUUUGUAUCAUAGUCCACAAAUGAAUAUUAAUUUUGUAGUGAA